CUGGGUUUUAGCGAAGCUUUUGACGAAGUUCCACACCACCGUCUAAUAGCGUAUUGCAAAUCUUUAUCUUUCCAGAAAUGGCGAUUCGCCAUAAAAAUUGGGAAUUUUUGCUUGGACUGUAUCAUCAAAUCAGUAGACUUUUGGUAUAAUCACAAGUCCCCAUUCACGUCAAAUUUAGCGGUGGUUCUUCCAGUUGACGGACUGAGGUUUCAUUUUGAUCCACUUUUGCAAAGGUUGCGGUUGAUUGAAAUCUAUGAUUUAUCUCGAGUUACUUUGCGCUACUGGGCACAGUAUUUUAACAGCCCUUCCGUCACGCCAACUUUGCAAGAAGUACUCCGAAUUUUCGGCUCUACCAAACCUCUUCUUCCCGUGGAAUCAGAUGGUUCCUAUCGUUUAUCCUAUCGGGGGAUCACAUUUUUCAUGACUCCCACCUCCUUCGGCUCCGGAUCCCAUGAUCACACAUCGUCCGUGGCUCCAAUCGGUUCUCUGAAUCCAUCAGAGCAGACUCUAGUGGUUACUCGUCUUUUCAUCUAUUCUGGAAACAAUCUUUCGGAAGCCAAGAUAACCCUGGACCUUCCCAGCGCUUGCUACUUGAAUAAUGUCUUCUUGGAACGUUUGGAAGUCCUGCGACACAUAAAUGCCACAUCCGCCUUGAGAUUUCAUCUCGUUUCACAAGAUUUAAGCGUGAAUCCAACAAGAGAGCCGCAAACACGACGUUUCACGCGGACGUUACAGUUCGGUGCCACGGUUCAAGAUGUUUUAGCUGCUCUUGGAUCACCGAGUCGUAUUUUUUACAAGACGGAAGAUAAGAUGCAAAUUCAUAUGCCCAAAUGGUAUCGAAUAGAUCAACCACGACGAUCGGAUUACUUCUUCAACUACUUCACCCUUGGUGUGGACAUUCUCGUGGAUGGUCAAACGCACCAAGUGAUCAAAUUUGUUCUGCACACCAACCAACCGGGCGAGUACACAUUUAACACGUAUUAUCGGUGCUUUUUCGAGAUUCCUUUGUUGUCCAGUGCCCCGGGUGUUGAAAAGAUUGUCGAAGAAGGGGCUCACGGAGACCUCGCGGAAGAUUUGCCCCGAGAUUCCCCACUGAUGGAUGCAGGUGCAGAUACGGGCUUUGUUGUCACGCCGUUUGUUAAGUGGUCUACAAUUCAACAUCACAACGAAGCGCUUUUAACCGUCGAACCGGUGGUAAUUCACCGUUCUGUGAAAGCUGGUACAAAUAUUUUUGGUUCGACGCUCGCUUAUGGCUACCAAGAUAUAAUAUUCGAAGUGAUUCCGAAUUGUGACUACUUGGCAUCUGUAACACUGUAUGCUCCAGCGCGACGUACACAUUCAUAA